AUGGCGACCUCAGGUGGGUCGUCAAGAGGAGCAAGCUCGACCUCAGAAUCGCUCUCGGACGAAGACGCCUCCUCCGCACCCUCCCUCGCAUCUUCGUCGGCAGCACCUCUCGCAAUUAAGGUAGAGGCUGUGCUGUCGAAGAGGAGUGGACUAGCCAUCUUCAUGGAAGAUAUACAGAUCAUUUGGAUCCUGACCAUCCAUGACGAUGACUGGGGAGCGACGGAAUGCAAAGACGACUAUAGUGAGUAUGUAAGGAUGCUCUCCUUCUCCGUCACAAGGUCGGGAGAAUUCGAGGUCAUGAUGCUAUAACGGACAAAGGAACUAUGGGUGGGUAGUAAUAUUCUUAAGAAUGAAAGUCGAGGUCACGAAAUUAGCAUUGGAUAAUAAAUGUAAAACUUAAACGCGAUCAGUGAACUUUAAUGAAGUAAUAAAUCUUGACUGUUAAUUCAUGCUAGAAAUCGUGAAAGUCGAACGGAAGAAUCCGUGAAAGUGAGUUAGGAGGGAAAAUGCUUGUAUAUAAGUGCUCAUAGUCGUAACUGUCACUGCAGUCCAAACACUUCAGGUUGAAAGCAUCAGUCUUUGACAUUGUGUUCUUUGUUCAAUUGCAGACAUGUGUUGAAGACCGUGUC